AAUUUGGAGGUCGGAGGAUGAUGACACAUUUGCACAGAACGCUUGGUUGGUUUAGAAACAAAAACGAGAAAUUGGUGUGGAGAUUUUGAGAAGUGCAGAUGACGAAGAGGGAAGUGUUGUGCGUGGCUGAUCAGACCAGUCGGCUACACGUUAAGAUUAUCAGGCAUCGGGCGGUGAAUUUUUUACCCAGGGCUCAGAUUUUUUUGGGCUGAAAAUGGUUUUAUAGGGUCUAAAGAGUGUUUUUUUUUUUUUUUGGGGUGGUUUUUAAGGGUUUUGAGAGUUUAAGAUGGUUAUGUGAGGAAUUGAGCGUGGUUUUGUGAGAUGGAAACCAGCCGAUCGGACGGCGGGGCGUCUCUGCCUCCUCGCAAGAGGUUGCUGGCAGGGUUGAAACAGAAUGGGUGGUUUUGCUCUGCGGAAGAGAAGGCGGUUUCCAAGAAAGAUGAAGGCCGGGACUGUAAGGGUUACGAUUGCUGUGCGACCUGCGGCAUCAAAGACGAGGAUAAUGUCAAAGUGAAGAGUGGCACAAGGUUUGUUUCAUUUUGCAGUUCUUGUAAUGCCCUGCUGAAUUCUGGUGCGAUUUGUUGUUAUUGUUACGGGAGGAUUGCGAAUGAUAAGGAAUUAUCCGUUACACUUUGUUGCUGCAAGUGCCAGCAUCGCGUGCACUGCGACUGCAUUACUAAACAUGAUUCCUCUGGCAGCGUUUGCCAUGAUCCGAAGUACUUUGUAUGCGGGGAUUGUACACAAUUUAAGGUGCCUUUGAACGUGGUUGGUAAUGGUUGCAGAGUUGAUGUGCCUGGGCUAGGGUUAGGGUUAGAGUCUGACGGCCAGGACAAGAAAGGGUUAGGAUUUGAGGGACAGGAAAAUGGAGAAUUAGGGUUAGGGUUUGAUGUCCGGGACAGGGGAGAAUUAGGGUUAGGGUUUGAUGUUCAUGGUAAGGGAGAAUUAGGGUUAGGUUCAGGGUUAGCUGUUUCCUGCAAUUCGAAUGCUGGAGGCUGUGCCUCUGGUGGAGAAAGCGUUGUAUUUUCUGUAGAUAAAAAUCCAGUGUCGUCUGUACAUAAAUCUUUAGGUUUGAAAACAUUGAUGGAAAAUUGCAAGCCUGCCGAGGCUUGUAGCACUACUGAGUCGAAAAUUGUAGAUGCUGAAGAUGAAUUGAGGGAGGGAAUUGCUAAAUAUAAAUUGAGAAAGAGUGAUUUGUUGUUAAAAUCGCCUCUUGAGCUUGAGGAGCUUGUGGCAGAGGCCAAGGCUGCUGUGUCGAGGACAGCAGAGGUUGUGGCUGUGGCCAAGGAUACAGCAUUUAGAAAAGCGGAAGAGGCUGUGAAGGCGGCUGCUGUGGCAAAGGAGGCUUUGAAUAUAGCUGCUCUUGUUGCUCGGGAGGAGAGGGAGAUCAAAGCAGCUGUUAGAAGUAAACAUUCUUCAAAGCAGGGUACAAAUAGAGUUUUAAACAGACAUAGCAAAAUUGAGGAAAAUGAAGUGAAGGAAGAUGUAGGAACAUUUUCGAGGAAAAUGUCUGUUGUUGACGAUGAGGAGCUGGCACGCCGACUUCAUCGUGCAAUCAAUAGUUCUCCCAGAAUUUCUCGAAAUACAGUCUCAUUGGGUGAGAGAGGCAUGGGAAGGCUCAGAGUAUCUGAUUCUUCUAUGGCACAUUCACAUCGAUCAGUGGUGCCAAAGCAGCAAACUCGGCUGAGAAUUCCAUCCUUAAAGAAGCAGGAACAGAAGCUACAGAGUAAGUCAGAGAGUGUCAACUGGGGGAAGCUUGCUCACAAAAGAGAGCCUGGUAGUCAAAGUGCAUGUGGUAAGUUUGUAGGCAGUCCUAUCAAUAAACUUUUACAAACCUUAGAUCACUCAGAGACAGAAUCAUCAGUGGGUCUUCUCGCUCUGAAUCAGGAUCCUUCAGUUCAUAAGCCAAUUGAAGCUGAUAUGAGGCAUUUAAGUAAUUGUGCAGUGACAGAAGUACCUUUUUCUGACUAUGACGAAAAGGCUUCAGAUGCAGGUAGGGUUUUGAAAGAACUUGCUAUCUGUAAUUAUAGUAGCACUUUCGUGAAAGAUGAGAAUGGUCAGCCUCUGCAGCCAGAAGUUGGUAAUUUGGAGAAACUGGCAGAAACAGUUGCUGUGGUCAUUGAAGAAGAAAAUUAUCGAUGUGAAGAGGAUAGGGUGGACAAGUGUAUAAAGGAAGAAGCAGCGAGCUGCUCCAAUAAACCAAUUGAGCCUGUUGGUGGACAACAGAGUCCAGAACCUGGAGAGGCAAGUAGUCAGACGCAUGCAGGAGUCAAAAGGAAACGACCAUCCCUAGAUCUUCUUAAAACUAAUGAAUGUAGAAUAAGAUCUUCUAAGAGUAGCAGAACAUCUGUCCAAGUUGGAAACUGCCAUGGUGGAGUUGCGGUGGAUAACAAAGGUUCUCCUAUUUCCGAUGACAACACAAUAAGAUCGCAUGGAAGACGAUCACAUUCAAGAAGCAAGUCAGAGAGGAGAACAAAGUCCAUAUCAGGUGAUUUUCCUCAAGAAAGUCAGGGCUCUGCACGUGGAGUAGUAGCUUGGCCUCAGGAUAAAUUGAAACCAUCCCAAAGCUAUGCAGGAAGUGUGAAUUUAACUCCUCUCCGGGCUGCUCCUCAAAUGCAUCUGCAAUCCUCUGCCUUUGCAAGUGGACUGUCACGGAAACACUCUUAGCCAAUGCAGUUCAGGAUUACUCACGCUGCGUGUUCCACUUGAACUUUCAGAUUUCAAUGAUAAAGUGUCUUGCGGCUUGGUACAUUCUGAGAUUUCGUGUAAUGCCUAAGAAUUUCAGAGGUUUUAGAUUGCACACAUUCUUAGUAUAAGUGCUUUUUCCCACCCUGUAAAUGAUUCUCAAGGAUCAUCGAGUGAUCUGUUUUUCGUGCCAAUAAAUAUGAACAAGAAUACCUUAUACAAGCUAUUUCAAGUGGCUCACUGCAAAUUUCUUAUGAAAUAGGUAUCAAUUAUCAUUAAUUGUUUGCAGUCUACCAUGAACAGAGUUUAACAUUUAUUCUUGUUCUGCAAAGUCUGAGAAGUUUUUGAAGCCACUAGCUGUAUUGAUCUGGCAAAUUUGGCUUCCUUGUGUAAUAUGGAGUCAUCAUCAUCUAUGAUAUGCAUGUACAUAUCUCCCUUGUUCUUCUUCAUGUUUGUGGUGGCCUGAUAUGGCCGCAGGCCUACCCAACAUUUUUUGCUGUUUUCCUUUACAGCAUUUUCAAACAGUGUUGUUAAAUCAUAUGUAAAUUCAUUAUCAGGUACGUCUUUUCUUCAAACUAUUCAA